AUGCAGAAUGUAAACCAUUAUCAGACAGAGACCUGUGCCCCCAUCCCAGGAAUUGUCUCACCCUUUCGCACAGACUUCACCAAGAUUUCUACCGCAGACGUUGCGAACAACGGCUGGACUAUCGCAAACUAUGCAACCUUCCGCACAGACAGUGCGAAUGGUGGAGUCUUCCCCAUUGAAAAACGCUUUGAUGCACCGUAUAUCUGGACAACGGCUUACUUCCUAUACGGGAAAGUCGAUGUACAACUCCAAGCUGCCCCUGGGGCAGGUGUUAUCACUUCAGCAGUCCUAAUGUCGGAUACUGCAGACGAGGUCGAUUGGGAGUGGAGCGGUAAUGACUAUGCCCAGAAGCAGCCCACGGUGCAAACAAAUUACUUCGGCAAGGGUAUAACAGGCAGCUAUGAUCGCUCGACAUUCGUCUCUCCAGGGUUCAACAUGACAACUGGGCUCCACACAUAUGGUAUAGACUGGUCGGCCGACAGUUUGACGUGGUCUAUCGACGGAAAAGCUGUUCGGACGCUAUAUAAAAAGAAUUGCGACAACGAUCAGCAUCAAUACCCGCAAACGCCAUCGCGCUUCCACCUCGGCGUGUGGGUCGCAGGUGAUCCGUCUAAGCCCCCAGGUGUCAUACAAUGGGCCGGAGGUCUAGCAGAUUUCACUCGGUUACCGUAUACUGCUUACGUCAAGAGUGUGAACCUGGUGCCACAGUCAAAGUGUGCAUACUUCAACUACACCGACAAGACAGGCUCCAGUAACAGCGUCCAGUGUCUGAAUGAAUUACCUAAGUCUUUAUCUACCAUUCUCAGCUCCACCGCGCUCAACACCCUCAGCGCUGCUCCUCCGGCCCCUUCUACCACCACAAAGGACACCAGCACUUUGAGCGCAAGCUCAUCCCAGUUCCUCUCCUCGAGCAGAGUCGCGGGUGGUGCGAACACAACGAACACAGCCAACGGCGGGAGUGCCCAGGCAAGUAGAAGCACAGGAUCUGUUCAGCUCACGACAAGCACAGUGUACAAGACUACCAUCUAUGAAACAGUCACAUCGUGCAACUCGACUGUCACAAAUUGCCCCGCUAAUAAGCCUCUCACCUCGACUGUGCUUGUGACGGAUGUUGUAGUCGAUUAUACCACAGUCUGUCCUGUAACUGAAGACAAGAGUCAGUCUUCAGCACCAAAAAGCUCAUCUACGGAGCCGGGGUCGAAGGCACCAUCUCCAUCAGCAGGGCACACGACUUCAUUGUCGACAACGGGUGGGCAGACUCCUGGCUCUAAGCCUUCUUCAUCCAUGGGUGAAGCCACAUCUUUAUCCUUGAAGGACUCCUCAUCGAUCAAGACACCAGGACAAACCACGUCAUCUGAAGACUCAGCCCGUCAGGAAUCACGAAAGCUUCCUGCCUCUCCUUCUCCUCAAACCUCCACGAUUCCAAAGGACUCGUCUGGUAAAGUCACUGGGUCUCAAUCAAAGCAAAGUUCCGUUCUGUCAGGAAACACUCCAGAAGCCUCCUCUAAGCAGCCCGAACUCACAACUUCCACAGUUUACAGCACAAACAUCUACACCGUGACUUCAUGUGGACCAGAAGUGAAGAACUGUCCGGCAAAGUCAACAGUUGUCACAACGGAGGUUGUCGCGGCUUAUACAACUGUCUGUCCCGUCACCAGCACUUCAGGCGUGUCUCCUGGCGGUUCCCCAGGGGUGUCCACUGGCAAUCCAAGCGAGACUCAUCCUAGUGAGAGCGCACCGCCACUAUCCUCAUCAACAAGCAAUACUCCCAAAGAAGGCUCAGAGAAGCAGUCGUCGCAGACGAUUUUUCAAGGCAACGGAAGCGAAUCCCUGACUUCUUCAUCAACAAUCAGCCCUCCAAAGGAUGGCUCGCAGAAGCAGUCGCAAAUUGUGUCCUCGGGUAAGCCAGGCGAGACUCAUACGGGUAGCGACUCACCAUCGCUGCCUGCUUCCACUACCGUAGCUCCUGAAAAUGGGUCGGGGACGCAGUCGGAGAAGGGAACGUCUUCGACCAACCCAAGUGAAUCUCGUGUCAGUGAUGGCACACCGCCGCAGUCUUCGUCUACGGUAAUCCCUCCCAACGAGGUGCAUGCUAUGCCGUCCUUAACUUCGUUGGCCGGAUCCCAUGACGCGACCACGUCGAUGAACUACGGCCAACCCACUGCAUCGCUGUACAAUACAGACACAGAAUUGAAACUCUCGGGAUCACUGUCGCAGUCCGCACCUCCAUCCGCGGCCACGCCCGCAGACAAGAGCGGUGAUGCGAGCCCGUCGGCACACAAUAGCGCCCACGAAAGUACGGAUAGCUCAGGCGCCGCAGCAGAGCAAGGGUCCGCACCUCCUCCAGGAGCAUCGCCUGGGCCGGACGGCUCAGUCCCUGUUCCGGCAGCAGGAGCAGUAGACUCUCAUUCCUCUACGGGGCUCGCCCACCCUGUGCCAGCCGACAGCGGCUCGCCGACCAUCCGCAGCACGAUUACACGAACAACAACAAUCAGGCUGACCAGCACGCGGCAAUCGACCUCGACCUUGUACACGACGUCGGCGACGGUCAUAACAGCAUGUAACCCAGGAAAAUCGGGAGCGGACUGUUCCACCAUCUCGUCGACCACCACCGUGGUUGCUUCGAAGUUGGUCACGCCCGUGGCUUUCACGACGACAGAUGUCGUUGCCACUACAGAAGUCACUGAAGCCCCCGUGGCGGGCAACGCCUUGUCUUCUGCCGCAGCUCAGGGGGCGUCUGGAGUUGCAGGUUCCGGCACAGGCACAGGCACAGGUCAACUGCCUGCGGGGCCAAAGACGACGGCUUUGGCAACAAUUGCUGGUUCGGGACGAAACUUUGAGGUAGUGCCUGGGUUUGUAUUUGCAUUCAUCUUGGCUGUCCAUCUCAUUUGA